UUAGCAGUGAUCCCACUCGCUGCUGUUACUGCUCCUGUAUAUUUACAAGGACUUGGGAAAGAUGGGCUAUUUGUAGGUGAAUUUCUCUCGGCAUCAUCCGUGGAUCUGCCGUGCUCUCGACUUGAAUGUGACUGGCGUGGAAAUUAGCCAGACUUUCAGCUGAAGAAACAAAGAGAUAAUUGAGAGAGAGAGAGAGAGAGAGAGAAAGUUCAGUGACUAGGAGGAGGGAAAGAAAAAGUGGAAGAUAAAAGUGGAGCUGGUGUUUACAUGGGUCUCCUGCUGGGGACUAAAGCACUGUUCCGACUGGAUAGAAGUGCACUGAAGUGGGGGCAAAGUGACUUAAACAGAAUCAAUGGAUCGCCAUCCAAACUUGAUGGCUGUGUGGCUGAAACUGGAAUUGUGUGUCAUCACCAUCCUGUUCACAAAAGGUGAAAUCAGAUGCUAUUGUGAUGGACCACAGUGCGUAGCAACAGGCUACAUGUGCAAGUCCCAGCUCUCUGCCUGUUUUACCAGACUACUGGACCCUCAGAAUGUCAAUUCACCAUUACUUCAUGGCUGUAUGGACACUUUCUCCAAUACAACGGAGAUCUGCCAAUCACAAGGUUCCUACCACCAUAAAGGACACUGGUCACUCUUAGAGUGUUGCUGGGAAGAUAUGUGUAAUUAUAAAGGGCUACAGGAAAUUUUGCUGCAUUCUGCGAAUAGCAUGUCAGACCGACGAGCCAAUAAGUGGACCUCUGGGAACAGGAGCCAGGACUCCCGGCAAGAGGUGAAUGCCAAGGAGAUUUGGUUCAGGGCAGCGGUCAUAGCUGUGUGCAUAGCCGGUGCUUUCAUCCUGGUGCUGCUGGUCAUGUUGGCCCUGCGAAUGCUGCGAAGUGAGAACAGGCGCCUACAACGGCAGCAUGAGCAGAUGAUCUCACGGCUGCACUACAGCUUUCAGAAACCUCCCACUGAAAAGUUCCUGGUGGGGAGCUUGGACCAUGCAGCAAUAGCGACGACAGCCAGAGACCACGAAAACUACUGCAUGGUGCAUAACAAGCACUUGGACUCAUACAGUGAAAAUCUCAACUCAUUUUGUCCUUGGGAUGUCCACAGUGUCCAUAAGAAGCCAACUGUGGUGUGACUAUCACUUUGCCUGGUAAAUCCCCGAGACCCACAGUUAACCAUUGCAAGUUUAAAAUGAGGAACUUGUUUUCACAAAAAUGCGGUCAUGAUUAAUAGUGAAACAAUUGGCACUGAUGUUUUAUUGUUUGAGCUGAUUUGCUGCCAAUUUCGGAGUUGCUGGUUUUGAUGCCCUGCCACUUUUACUUGGAAAUAUUCAUUUAUUUGAUUCAACUGAGUUGGGGGGUGAGUGGGGACAGUGUGGUGUAGAGUGUAAAACUUUCCUCUGAUCUAACUGCCAGACUAUAAACUCCCAAUGAGACCCUGCUAAGUAAGAAUUUCAAAUACUGAUGAUGGAUGAAGCAUAUCAGGUCUAUUUACAGACACAUGCCUGAGCAAUAAAUGUACAACAUAAUUACAGUUUUUGUAAACGUGAUCAUCCUUUUGUAACCUUGAUCUGAUUUCAUUUCAUGCGUUCUGCCUGUGGAAACUCUUCACCUCAUUCUCUUGUGCUGCCGAUUAAGUUCUGUGAAGGGCAUCAUUCGUGCCCAAACCUUUGGGAAUGGGGCUGGGAGCUUGGAAGGCAGUGAGUGACAUGCCACCAUGUCAUUUUGCCAGCAAUAUGGAAAGUGGUUGGUGCGCCAUCUAGUCAGAUCUUGAAUGAUCCACUGCACUAGACAAUUAGAGGCUUCUUCCUGCAGGUGUUGACAUUUUACCAAUCAUUUGGGAUGGGGUGAGGUAGCACCCUCUGUGGUAAACCCUGGUGCCCUCUCACUGGGCUCAUGUUUAAGAAGUCUUUGGCUCAGAUG